UAAAUAAAUUAUUAUUUUCCAAAUCUGCUGGUACCAAAGUUUCAAAACACGAGCAAUUGAAAAACCAGUCGCAAAACGCAAUCACAAAUUCACAUGUGCAACAAAAAUUUCAAAUUAAUUUUUUUCUCGCCAACAGAAAAAUUGUGCAUUUGCUAACUCACCCCCACUCCAAACUUCACCAACAAUCAAAUUUAAAUUAAAAAAAAGAAAAAAGAAAAAUACAAAUCUCCGCGCACGUUAGCACCCACCACCACCACCUCUUUUUCCUCCCACGAUUCCCCCCCUAUCCCGGCGCCGGCCAAAUCACACGGCGUCGUUGAAAAACCCAAUUGCCCCGCCUCGUAUUCCCAUUCUCGAUUUUCAAACGAUAAUAGAUACACGGACGCGGAUACAGAGUUUUUAGAAUCUGCAAAAAAAAAAAUUAGGGGUUUAGGGCUUGGAAUUUCAUGAUUAGGAUGAGCAGGAAUUGACGAUGGUGAGGCUACUAGGAUUGACGCGCGCCUUCGGAGACUGGACCGAUUCACCUCGCGAGGUGACUCGGACGAUUCCGACGAGUGAAAGCACGGGGGAGAGCGGGUGGCUAAUCAGAUUCUUUGACUCGUCCUUCUUCUGCGAAUGGAUCGCCGUCAGCUACCUCUACAAGCACGAUCAUGCCGGUGUGCGAGACUAUCUCUGCAAUCGUAUGUAUACUCUCCCCCUCUCCGGCAUCGAGAGCUACUUGUUCCAAAUCUGCUACAUGUUAAUUCACAAGCCUAGCCCCUCUCUGGACAAGUUUGUAAUCGAUAUUUGUUCGAGAUCGCUGAAAAUCGCGCUGAAAGUCCACUGGUUUCUAAUGGCGGAGUUGGAGGAUGUAGAUGAUAACGAGGGGAUUAGUAGGAUUCAGGAGAAGUGUCAGUUCGCCGCCACUUUAACGGGCGAAUGGCCGCCUUUGAUUAAGCCGCAGCAGCAGGGUAUUAGUUUUAUGUCGAUAUCGUCUAGUAUUAAUGAUAAUGGAAGUAGCGGUAGUCCGAUCGGUAAUCAGGUACUGAACAGGUUCUUGUCGUCGAAGCAGAAGCUAUUGUCCUUGACUUCGUCGCCUCCGAAUGCUGCAUCGGUCUCUAGGUCGUUCUCCUUUUCGCCGACACCUGGGAAUUCGAUAGUGCAUGAUGACAGUGGUAAGGUGAUGGGAUCGCCGGACGAGAAUAAUAAGAUUUUUAAGAAGUUUAUGCCGGGUCCCAAGGUACGGGAUGCUUUGCUGUUUAGGAUAUCGGUGGAUAAGGAAGAUGAGUCUGAGAAGGAUGGUGGGUUUUUUAAGCGUCUGUUAAGGGAUAGUAGGGAUGAAGAUAUGAGGAAGUCUGUGGGUAAGGAUAAUGAGAAUGACGAGGAGACCGAGAAGGAAGCUGGGUUCUUCAAGAGGUUGCUGAGGGAUAGUAGGGAUGAGGAUAUGAAGAAGUCAUUGGAUAGAUCGAAAGAUGAAGAAGAACAUGAGAAAGAGAGUGGGUUUUUCAAGAGGUUGUUGAGCAGUAGUCGAGAUGAGGAUGUGAGGAAGUCGAUGGAAAAGCAUGAUGAGGAGUUUGAGAAAGAUGGGUUUUUCCGAAGGCUUUUGAGUGCUAAAGACGAGGAGGAGGAGGUUGGCUCAAGCACGGAUGGAUUUUUUAAGCGGUUGUUUCGAGAUGGUAAAAAUGAUUCGGAGGAAAAAAUGUUGUCGAAAUCUGUCGAAGAUGAUGAAAAGGAAGGUUUUUUCAAGAAACUCUUUAAGGAAAAAAAUGAGGAUAAGAAGGAUGACAACGAAAAAAAAGAUGACGUAGAAAGAGUGGCAAAGACUUCUGAAGAUGAUGAUAGAGAAGGGUUCUUCAAGAAAUUUUUCAAGGAAAAAUUUGAUGACAAAAAAGCUGCGACUGAAUUAAAAGCUGCGACUGACCGGCAUGAUGAAGAUGCAAAGGGAAAUGCAAAUGGUGAAGAUGAGGAGCCUUCAGAAUUUACAUUGUUCCGUAGAUUAUUUCGUGUCCAUCCAGAAGAUUCCAAGAAUUCAAUGGCAAAUGAUAAUAGCUACAGUAGCAGUUUGCUUGAAAGUAGUCCUGGAACAGAAAACUUUUUCCGCAAGCUGUUCAAGGACCGUGACCGUUCCUUAGAGGAUUCUGAACUCUAUGGUUCGAAAAAGAACAAAGUGAACUGCCCUGGCUCACCAAAGCAGGGAAAUGAAAAGUCAACUAAACCUCCACUUCCUAGUAGUGCAUCGCAGCUUAGAAAAGGGACAUAUCAUGAAUCACUCGACUUUGUUCAAACUUUAUGUGAGACAUCCUAUGGCCUUGUUGAUGUAUUUCCCGUUGAAGAUCGAAAAGCUGCUCUUUGUGAGUCGCUUGCGGAGAUCAAUGCACAUAUAGGUGAUGCACAAAAUAAAGGAGGAAUAUGUUUUCCUAUGGGUAAGGGUAUGUAUCGUGUGGUUCACAUACCGGAAGAUGAAGCUGUGCUCAUGAAUUCAAGAGAAAAGGCUCCUUACCUCAUCUGUAUUGAAGUUCUAAAGAGUGAAGCUCCAAGUAAUCCAAAGGAUGCUUCCAAUUCACACAAACUUUCUAGAGGAGGAAUCCCAUUGGCGAAUGGGGACGCACUUUUGCCAAAGCCUCCUCCAUGGGCUUAUCCUCUGGGGCCAGGACAGGAUAUGUACCAUAGUGGUUAUGAUAGAAUGUCAAGUUCUACAUCUGAAGCGAUAGACCAGGCAAUGUCUCAGUUGUGGGAGUCCAAAGUGAAAUUUGUCCAUGUUAAUUUUUCUGUGGAGAAGCUACCGGAACCUGCUUCCAGUAGCAGCCCGACCAGAGAGGUUGUUAGUGCAUGUCAACUGAAGGGUAGCUGUGAUUUGGAAUGGGUGAGGGUUGUAUUAUCUGCUGAAGCUGGGAUUAACAUGGAGGAUAUAGUAGACCAAGAUAUACCUCGACGGAAAGAGCAUCGACGUGUUCCUAGUACUGUGGCUAUGGAGGAAGUUAAGGCUGCUGCAUUGAAAGGAGAAGCACCUCCAGGUCUUCCCUUGAAAGGCGCUGGUCAGGAUUCAUCAGAUGCACAACCAAAGGUUGCAAAUGGUGGUGUUGCCAAUAUAGGCGAUGCAUUAGCCGGUGAACUUUGGGAGGUAAAGAAGGAAAGAAUCCGUAAAGCCUCAGGAUAUGGAAAAUUAUCUGGUUGGGACUUGCGCUCAGUAAUUGUGAAGAGUGGCGAUGACUGUAGGCAGGAACACCUAGCUGUACAACUUAUUUCUCACUUCUAUGAUAUAUUCCAGGAAGCUGGUCUCCCUCUGUGGUUGCGUCCUUAUGAAGUAUUAGUUACUUCCUCUUAUACAGCUCUCAUUGAAACUAUUCCAGACACGGCGUCGCUUCAUUCGAUCAAGAGCAGAUUUCCAAAUAUUUCAAGUUUGCGCGACUUCUUUAUCGCUAAGUAUCAAGAAAAUUCUCCCGCUUUUAAGCUUGCUCAGAGGAACUUCGUUGAAAGCAUGGCUGGGUACUCUUUGGUUUGCUACCUUUUGCAGGUGAAGGAUAGGCACAACGGGAACUUGUUGUUGGAUGAAGAAGGUCAUAUCAUACACAUAGACUUUGGUUUCAUGCUUUCUAAUUCACCUGGGGGUGUAAAUUUUGAAAGUGCGCCAUUUAAAUUAACACGUGAACUUCUUGAGGUGAUGGACUCUGAUGCUGAGGGGGUGCCAAGCGAAUUUUUUGAUUAUUUUAAGGUUUUAUGCAUCCAAGGUUUCUUAACGUGUCGUAAACAUGCAGAACGCAUAAUUCUUCUUGUUGAGAUGCUGCAGGAUUCUGGCUUCCCUUGUUUCAAGGGUGGUCCACGAACAAUACAAAACUUGAGGAAACGCUUUCACUUGAGUUUGACAGAAGAGCACUGUGUGUCGUUAGUGCUUUCUCUGAUAAGCAGCAGCCUGGAUGCCUGGCGUACACGGCAGUAUGAUUACUAUCAGAGGGUCUUAAAUGGAAUAUUGUGAAUAUGGGAUAUAAAGACGAUUUAUGAGCUCGAUACUUAAACUUGGACAUAUCCAACAAAUCAAUCAAAAUGAGUUUUUACUGAUUUGUGGUAACAAAGGAGCGUUAUUCAGAUAGAGUAUUUCGGAUGCCUUCUUCUGUGAGAGUGGGGAAAUUGUACCUAUAUAGGCGAAAAAAACGAUCAGAAGAAAAGAUACGGAUGAUGAAAGAGCACUUCUGACUUCCGACUUCCGAUUUGCGUAUUUUUGUUUAUCAUGUUUUGCUUUUGUUCCCAGAAAGAGGUCUAAACUGACUGGGGUGAGUUUUCCGGGUGUCGAACAUUUUUGCCCAUGUUUGAGUGGGAUACACUGUACAGAGUGUGAAAAAAAGGAGAUGGGAAAAACGUUCGGGACUUUUACUAUCAUUUUCGAUUUGCUACACCAAUUACUGUGUGGCAAAGGAUUUGGGUUCUGUAAUAUUCUUUUUUACUGUAAGCUUUUGAUCAGAUAAAAGUUAUAUAAGCUGCAGCGUGGCGUUUUUCUCUUUGGCUUCCUUCCAACUCUCCGGCAUCCAUUCAUCCAUCUUUGAUUCUAACUUGUUUGUACGAUUAUUAAGAAAUGCUAAAGUAGCAUUGUCGUGUUGUAUGUGUAUAAGUUUCAGAGUAUAGAGAUUUAUAGGAGUGUGCGAGUUCGUUGGGAUCAAUUUGUUUGAUCCUUUGUGUAAAAACUAGUAUAUGUAAUGUGCUAUCUUCGAUUUUUCAUCGGUGCAUUUGCACGUUGUGCCUUGUGUUUUUUUUU